CUAGUUUCGACUAAUAUCGAACGCGGCAUCUAUCCUGCGUGUACGUUUGCGCCACAACAGAUUGUAGGCAAAUAAAAACGGUGCCCGGUGAUGCUACGUUACAAGAAAUAAACUACUUUGCGAAGACGCCUUCUUCCAAUGACUGCAGUGUAAUGGAACUGAGAUUCAUGACCAAGGGCAAGCUAUUAGCACUUUGAAAAACUGCUAUCCAAGGUUUCCAGUGAGUGUGUAGAGCUAGCCAGCUGUAUGAUGUCAAUGGUCUUGUUUGCCUCUGUGGUACGGGUGGUGGACGGUCUACCCCUGUCUGCCUCCACAGACUACGAGCAGGACAAAGGCCUUCAGGAAACCAAGAAGCAAGUCAAAGCACUGUCUAAGAAGCUCAGCCAGUUCCCUGACCGAUGCACUCUGAAGGCUGGACAGUACAAUAUCAAUUUCACCUGCUCUCUGGGUGUGGGUUAUCUGAUGGUAUGUACAGAGACCUACCCCAACGUCCUGGCCUUCUGUUUCCUGGAUGAGCUGCAAAGGGAGUUCAUCGUCACGUACGACACCAAGCGUGUUAAUAGCGCUGUGAGGCCAUACUCCUUCAUCGAGUUGGACAACUUCAUCCAGAAGACGAAGCAGCGUUUCAACAGCCCCCGCUCUCUGUCCACUAAGAUCAACCUGGCCGACAUGCAAACAGAGAUCAAACUUCGACCGCCCUACCAGCUGUCCCCUGAGGACCUAGGAUCCAUCAACGGCUUCUCAUACCACACCCCCUCCAAGUACAAGGGCAUAACUCCCAGCCAACAGCUUGAUCCUGUGACUCUACCUGGCAUAGUCUCCUGUGUGCUGAGCAUCCUCUGUGGAGGCCUCAAUCUACUCCGAGGGGUUCAUGCUAUAGAGAGCACCAUACAGAACGACGACGAAGACUUUAAUUACGUGAUUGCCUUUUUCCUGGGCACAGCAGCCUGUCUGUAUCAGUGUUCCCUGUUUGCGUACUUCUCUGUGUGGAGGAACAGUAAGUCAUUCCUGGCCUUCGCCCUGAUCUGUCUGUCCAACAUGUACCUUUAUGAACUGAGGAAUGUGUGGCAGAUCCUCUUCCAUGUGACUGUAGGGGCCUUCAUGACACUACAGAUCAGACUGAGGCAGCCGCAGGGCAAAGCUCCGGACUACAACGUCUGACAAAAACUACAACUACGAGACUUACAGUCAAACAAUAAGAAAUAAACAACUUCAGUGUCUGACAAAACCCAACAAAUAUAGUAAUUUUACAACCAACCACCAACAACAAAACCAUGUCUAAGGCUACGGAGCAAAGAAGUGACUCCUGCUCUCUUUAUCAUGUUUCUUCCCCACCACAGCUCAGGACUGUGAGCCAGCCUGGCCCUGCCUCAAUCCCGUUGGAUGCUGAGCUCACUUUAGCGUGGCCUCAAAGUGAUACGGCCCAAUAGGAUUAAUGGGUGGUGCCACUACAGCCAAAUAAUUGGCUAAUAAUAUUCAUAUGAAUAUGUUUGGGGUAAUCAUCAGGAGUCUGAACAGGGGUUUUUGACUUAAAUUGAAUCUCUGGCAUCAGACAUGUAUAGUUGAAGUAAUUUAGCAGACGCUCUUAUCCAGAGUGAAUAUAGGAGAAAUUAGUGUUAAGUGCCUUCCUAAAGGGCAUAUCCACUUUUUUUUAUUUAUACCUAGUCGGCUCGGGGAUUCAAACCAGCGACAUUUUGGUUACUGACCCAAUGCUCUUAACCGUUAGGCUACCUGCCACCCCAGUAUCAUAUGUUAUUAAAUCUCUUGGCUCGUAAAGAUUUGUUUUAUUGAUUUUGAGAAUAAUUUAUUCAAAAUAAUGUGUAUGAUCAUGUCACACCUGUUACUUCCAUGUACUUUGUUGCAGGCUUAAUGAAUAUACGAUUGCUUGAAAGCUGAGUUUGGCAUGGCACAUGUAAUGUGGUGGUGUUAUCCCACUGUUUUCAUCACUGGGAGGCCAACCUUAUCAACUCCAUAUCAUCUGCCAGACCUCCUGGUGCAGUGGUGGUAACAGCAGCCACUGCUGGAAAGGGUUUAAUUGACCUGUGAGCCAUCUGCCAUCCCGACGUUUCAGGGUAUUACUCUAAAGGCCAGAGUAGGAGAGGAGCUAGACGAGUUACUUAUAUUGUAGCAGAAAUGGUUACUUCCAAAAAUACUCAAUGCAUUUCUUUUCUUUUGCCAUGUAUUUUCCAAUGCAUCAUUUAUUUUGCAUAGCUUUUGGAUUAUAUUGCAGAAAUGUUUGUCAUGUCAGAAGCAGAAAUUACUGAGGACAAUGUCAGUAAACUUCCUAGAAACAUUGUUAAUUUAAUGAUGAGUUAAGGGAUUGUGCCAACAAUGUUAGUUUUUUGGGGGGGUGGAGUGGCCAGUGUCAGUCAGACACUAGAGAGUCAUUGCAUGAGUGGAGAGUAUAAACACGGAACCAAGUAUUAUGAACAUCUGGCAACAAACUACAUGUAUAUCUGGGCACUACUGCACUGAUCCAACCCUUAAGAUUUGUCAUCAACAAUGGCCAACAUGUUUUCUAUUAGCCUGUACAUCUUAGCAGACUGUGGUACUUGACCUUUGUGACCUAAAUUAGCCUCCAGUAUGACAUCUAGGACUUAAAUGUUUUAUUUGAUAUUGGCUGUCUCCAGGGGUGCAACUUUCACUGCGUAUGGUGCAUUUUUACCCCCCCCCCAGUUGAAUCACUGGAAUGUCAUACAAAAUGUGUUAACGGUGUGCUUUAGGACCAUGCAGAUGCCUCCGAGCAUUCGGGUAGGGUGUUUAUCCGACUGAAUAAAAAGUCUCCCCCCACUUCUAAAACCAAAGUUGCGCCCCUGGCUGUUUCUAAUUACAUACUUUUGCAGUCAAUGUAAUGUAACUAAAUAUACAACCAUUAAACAGAUCCUCAUUUUGCUAAUGGUGUGUGCAUAACCAAGUAGUUUACUAUUUCCACAUUCUUUAAAUUCUUCAAGCUCUGUUAAGUUGGUUGUUGAUCAUUGCUAGACAGCCAUUUUCAAGUCUUGCCCUAAAUGUCCAAGCCAAGGGGUGUGAAUACUUUCAGAAAGGCACUAUAACGUUUCUUAGAUGUUUCUUGACUCCUUUACUGUAUGUGUAACGUACCAUUAAAUGUAGUGCCUGUAUCAGCGCAAUAGAAAUGAUUCCAAAUGGAUACCAUACCGAUCCAUAAUCUACUACACCUGAGGCGAACCGGUGUAGUGCAUUUCUAAUUGUUAUUUCAAACGAGUUUCAUAUAAAAAAUCCCCCUUGUGCCUUGGCAGCAGAUAAUGGGGAUCCCUAAUAAAUACAAAUCAGGAAGUGUAAGGUUGAAUGCAGAAGAAGUCGUAGGUAUUAGAAGGGGAAUUGUAACUCAUUUGGACAGCACUUUAAAUUUGAAUGCAAGUGAGGGGAAGUCCGUUGCCAUCUAGGCCUAUUUGUGACUAAUACAGACAUAAUCUACGUUAUUUUGACACUGUCCACAGCAACCGUGGUGUGCUGCUUUUAAAGGGCAUGGACUCGGCAAGAUUACCAAUUUAUGAGUCCUGACAAAUCAUUGUCUUCAUCCAGCUGUAUUAUGCAGUGAUUUCCUUUGAAGUGCAGGGCAUUUAAAGCACUUCUACCUUCCCCUCUUUGUAAAGAUUUAACUCAACAGUUUUCGUACACAGUAAAGCCUGUUAAAUGAAUUGAUCAGUAGGCUACAAAGGUUACAUCCACCAUCUAUUCUAUGGGCUUGGACUGUUUCCUCUGUAGUCUCCAGUUUAUGGGGACUGUUUCCUCUGUAGUCUCCAGUUUAUGGGGACUGUUUCCUCUAGUCUCCAGUUUAUGGGGACUGUUUCCUCUGUAGUCUCCAGUUUAUGGGGACUGUGGCCAUUGCAUUUAAGUACAGUCAGUCUUACUCGCUUAACUAAGUUAACAAUUAUUUAUGGGCAAUUUGCAGAGGGGCAGAUAAAAUAGGCCUGUUCAUAUUGUAGUUUAUCAGUGCUUAAGCUGUAUACGUAGUCUAUCUAAUAACAUGUAUAAUUCACAACCAAGGGUCAUUAGUCAGGGUGCCAUUUCUGACAGAUUUACUGUCACCUAUAUAGUGCACUACUUUUGAUCAGGGCUCUUAUGGGUCCUGGUCAAAAGUAGUGCACUAUAUAGGUGAUUGGGUACUAUUUGGUACGAAUUCUAAAUCACCAUAUUGCUUUCAUAUAGCUGUAUUAUUAAUGAAGAAAAUAGAAAGGGAGCCAUUGUUUUUAGUACAGCCCAUCUGUUAGGAUUUGUACCAAUGACAGUGUAAUGCUGCCCCCCUCUGGAGAUCUAGAGGAACAAUCGUAGAGAUCCUUUUGAAUUUGUGUCCUAUAUGUAGAUCUAUCGGAACAAUCAACUCGAGCAGUUCAGCGAAAUGGCAGGCAAGCUGGCUGGUUAAGUUCUCUCUUCUUUCUAUUAGUAAUGUUGAAACAUAUUACCAUUUGGAUCAUCAAAGACCAAAAUAAAUCUAUGGGUGUACAUCUGAAACAACCAUAAGGUUAUAGAAGGAGAGCUAUAGGAUGCCACAUCAAAUAAAAAGGCGUUGUCAACAAGUGCCAUUUUAGUGGUUUAUUGAAUGUAACAAAGAAAGACGCUUAGUGUUUGACAUGAUAGAAAGCGAAGACAUCCCACGGUUUAGUCUGGGUACCAGUCCUCUUAGCUAACACUCCUUGUGGAAUGUAAUAGCUGAACAGACGGCAACCAGGUUAUGCAAGUCCUGACUCAAGACACACUGAUGUCAUUCUUCUUCUCUCCGCUCCAUCUAGUGAAAACCUCACGAGGUUCAUCCUUUGUCCAAAUAUAGGGAGAAAAAGGGAGCUAUGCUCCUCCCUAGCAGAGGUCUGCCCCCUCCCCCACAGUUUGAGAACGCACAUUAAAGGUCAAUUGAAUUCAAUGGCACUGUAUUUUCCUUGCUUAUUUUCAAAGUAGCAGAAAGUAAAGAACAAUCUCAAACAACACCAAUGACACAGUAAAAAAAAAAAAAAAAAAAAAA